GAACAACACAAUAUCUUGACACAAAACAUUAUAAACAAAGAUAUAAAUAUUAAAGCAAUUGUUUCUUUAUCAGAACGAAUAAUUACAUUGACUGAAAUUAUCAAUUCAAAGGUGACUUAUCACUUGAAACAUGUUGUAUGGCAUAAAGGAUGUUUCAAAUGCCAAGAAUGCGGCAUGACACUCAACAUGCGUACCUACAAAGGAUAUGGAAAGCUCCCGUACUGCGAAGCACACGUGCCAAAAGCGAAGCCGACGACGAUGGCGGAAACACCCGAGCUCAAACGAAUAGCCGAGAAUACGAAGUUACAAAGCAAUGUCACAUACCACGCAGCCUUCGAGAAGAGCAAGGGGAAAUUCACACAGGUGGCAGACGACCCAGAAACCUUAAGAAUUAAAGCGAACACUAAAAUAAUAAGCAACGUCGCGUACCAUGGAGAACUGGAGAAGAAGGCUCAAAUGGAGAAACAGCGGCAGAUCAAUGAAAACGGAGAAAUUGUUGACGUGCCUUCAGACAAUUACCAUCAGCAAAUCGACAACUACGCGACAGAAAUGUUACCCCCAAACGUUCCGGCGCCGAACUUACCCCCGAAGAACCACUACCAGACCCCAGCGCCGCAGUACCAACAGCCGCCCGUCGCCCAGUUACCCCAACCUGUACACCAGCAACAUCAACAACCCCACCAGCAAUUACCCCAUCAGCAAAUACCCCAUCAGCAAAUACCCCAUCAGCCGUCAGGCCACAACAGACAGUACCAAGAACAAUAUUACAAGCCUAAAGAGGAAUAUUCCUACCAAUACCAGGAUUAUCAAGGGCAAUAUUACCCCCCGUAUCAGAAUUACCCCGCGCAACAACAGGCGCAGCAGCAGAAAAUUGGAAGGAUUCAGGACUAUGACCCUAUUAGUGAUGGGCCCAGAGCGCCCCCUAACACUCAGAGGGGGUCGACUACGUUGAUUUAUAACAGCACUAGUGAUGGGAAAAGAGGCUCCCACCAGCCGGUACAGCAGCAGACCGGGCGCCAGAUCGGACGCGUCACAGACCUCGACCCUCUCGCCAACGAGAUGCCCAGACAACCUGCUAAUCAUCAUAACCAGCGAGUAUACAUAGCGAUGUAUGACUACGAGGCGAGCGACAGCGAUGAGGUAUCAUUCCGCGAAGGCGACCUCAUAUCCAACGUGACGUCCAUCGACUCCGGCUGGAUGACGGGGCAGGUCCUGCGCACCGGCCGCACCGGCAUGCUGCCCGCCAACUACGUGGAGCUCACGCCCAACACGCUGCACGACAACUGAGGGGCCAGGUUACACUGGUUAUCAAGACAAUCUUGAUCUUAUACAUGUAUUUAAUUAAAAGUCUAAGACUGGUUUUGUAGCUUUCAAGGAGAUCCGAACAAAAAAUAUUCUCACACUAAGGAAUUUCUAACCAAAAUUCAUUUAUGCAAAUAAGGCUACUAAGUGGAACUUUUUAAAGGUGUAUUUACAUUGGACAGCCCCCAGUUUAGCCCACCCUUCACUGCUUAAUAAGUGCUUUUCUAAGAGAAACUUCUCCCGCCAGAGUUAAUUUAGUCCUUGUGUCGCGGUGGUUUCACAAACAUUCCAGUUACAUGCAUAAGACACCCAGUCUCAAAACAAGCAGUCGUGAUCACACGAAUGCUUGUUUUACGCGGGGAUCGAACCCUUCGCCCUGGUUUUCAGUGAGCGCGAUCUCAAUCGUUAUAAAACUCGGUCACAUUAAGAAACUCCUACUUUUUGAAUUCAAAUAAAAACUGUCGUUUUUUUAUGAAGUUCGUCAAAAUAAAAAUUUGAGUACACAUUUUGUGGAUCAAGAUUGUCAUUCUAACCACUCAAAGUAAGGUUGUUAUAACAAACCAGGUUUAAACCUGGACACCUACUGUAUCAUUAUGGUUGUUGCUGGUUGAUGUGGCUUUACAUAACUCUUAAAUAAAACCCGGUGGUUGACUCGAAAAUAUCAACAAAAACAUCAAAUUAAAUAAGUCAUUUUGUAAUGUAGUCAAUAAGUUUCUAUUUUAUACAAAAUAUGCUGAAAAUGAUUCCGAAAUUACAUUCCUGUAGUGCAGAGACUAUAUUAAUUCAUAAUAUACCUAAAUUGAGAUUUAAAGUUGGAAUAACAUACCUUGCGAAAAGACUAUAGACAGAAAAAAUAAUGAGAAAAAGAUUUUUUCCUUAACUUAAAAGUAUUUUGUAUCAAAUAGAAAUUUAUUGACUGUUCCAUGUAGAAAAACUUGAGUUUUAAAUGUGGCUGGACCAAUUAGUAUGAAACUACAUAUUUAGAAUGCGAUACAGAUGCUCCUUUAGCCAAGUUUCAUUUCUACAAUCGUUAACGUCAAAAAUAAGAGCCAAAAUGUAUGGAAAUGACAUUUUGUUUUAAGUCACGUGACUAACUCCAUAAUUAUGUUGUCUCUAGCUACUGUAGAAAUGGCAUUUGACUAGACGGGCCUGUUACUUUACAAGAGUCGUUAAACAUUGUUUAUCGAAAAAUGCGUCUUAAUUUGCCACUAGCAUUACUUUAUGUAAAGAUUUUAUGUAUAAUAAGAAAUAAAAUAUACUUUUUCUAAAAAUAUUUAUAUACAUACAUAUAUAUUAAAUUGUUAUCGCCAUACCUUGAUAAUUACUCAUUAUUUAUAUUAAGGGUGGACGAUAUCACCUUGUUUUAACUAAAUUAGCAAUUUUAAAUGGGGUAUUUAAGUAACAAAUCUAAUUAUUACAUCAGAUAGAUUUUUUUUCAAGUAAUUUCUUAUGUUUUUGAGCAAAUAAAUAAAAAUGCGAAAUAAAAUGGCGUUAAAGAUGCUGAAAUUUACAAAACUUGGAGCUAGUAGUUUACAGUAAAAAGUACUAUUAAGUGACGUCACUUAGGAUUUCAACACUAAUAUUUUUUUUCCUUUACGCGAUAAAAUUAAAAUAUUAAAAAUCUAUCUGAUGGAUCAAUUUGAUUUUUGUUAUUCUAAAUAUCCUAAACCAUUAUGACUUGUCAGAUGACUGAAUUUACAUUAAAAAGGCUAGGCCAAGACUGUCACAGGGGCCUUUAAUAAAAUGUAAGUACUAAUUAAUGUAUUUUACCAAAAUAAAGCUUAAAACUAAUCAGCACAAUUUAUUCUAAAAUGUAUCGUAGGUCUGAGCUUUUACAAGUAUGUAAAGUUAUAUAUUAUUAAAAUUUUGAUUGUGGCUGUAUCUACUGGGAUUUGUUGAAAUAUGCUAGACUGAAACACUCCAAAUUUUUAUUCUUUGACUUGUGUAUUGGUGUAUUGGCGUUUGAGAGCGGUCACUGGCUAGUGAGAGCCUUUGAAGCUUUGACACUAAACAUUUGACAUCUACUAACUUCACUAGGAGCCCAAAGAGAGCUUCAAGUUUUUACAUAAGUAAUUUUGAAAGAAAUAGCUACUCUAGCAUAUUAUAACAGAAGUGAGUGCUGUGCAGUGACUUACCUAGUAUCUACAACCUAGGAUAAAAUUAACGAGAUUCGUUUUUGAAACAAGGCCUAAAAACCAUUUUAUUUUCAUUCCAAUUUAGUUCUAAAACGAUGUUUUUUGACUAAAUCGUAUUAUGACAAGCCAUUUUUAUAUCCAAGUCUUAUUUAUACCUUUAAAAUGAAACUUAAGGGUACUUUAGAGUGCUUGAUAUGCAAUUCAUAUAAUGUUUCUCAUUGUAUUCCAUAAUGUUGUCUUGAUUUGAUAUAAUCUCCAAGUGACCCUACGUAGCGACAAGGGUCUAAAAGGCAUUGCUUUUUAAGUAUUUAUCUUUUUUAAUGUAAGAAGUGUCGGAUAUAUUUCUCUAACAAAAUUAAUACACAAAAAUUUUCAAAAAAUGUAAAGAACAAUUUCAUGACGAUUUCUGUCUUACACAAUAUCUUAUUCAUCGAGAAAUAUGUCCAAUACUUAAAAAUAAAAGUUAUUGUUAUAAUUUUAUAAGAAUUAACAUUAAUUUAGUACCUGGAACCCUUUCACGGGUAGGUCGGCCUGUAAAUACACCCUUUUAGAUCAUAAAUGAUUAAAUAAGUAAACUUAUCGACACGAAAUGUAAUACCUGCAUAAUAUUAGGCACUGUCUUAUGUAUGUUUACAAGACUAUGUUACAUUCCAUUAUAACUUUUUAUGACAAUAAUUAUGUGGUUUCAGUGAGACCUUUUAAAAUCAAUGCAAUUUAUAUUUGAUAUGAAAAUAUCAAUGGAAAGUAUAGGGUCAACUGUGCCACAUUUGGGGUCAAUUAAUUCCAUAAAUGGGUCAAUAAAUUCCAUUUGAGAUUAAGUGCACUAACUAAUGCUUUCAGGUUUAAAUUAUUCUCAAUGAAAACUGUAUAUUUUUUUAUAUAUUUUAACUAGAUACAGAUGUUACUUUUAAUCAUGUUAUGUAUUAGCUACUGGGGUCUUACAAUCACUUUUUAGAGUAAGACUUUCAAUUGUGUAAGAGAGAGGCCGGUUUAUGAAUAUAUAGCGGCCUCUCUCCGCUUCCACAGUUAAAUGUCUUCCUGGGUAGGCGGUAGGACUCCCGCAGUUACUGUUAAACUAACUGUAUUGCCUUAACCAUCACAAAACGCUGUAUAUUAUAUAGGACCAGUAUUAAGGUACAGUGCCUUUUGUAAUAUUUAAUAAAUUUUUUAAGCUA